AUGGGGGUGGCGGAGAGUCAGCAGGCCCCGCGUAGACCACCCAGCCUCCUGCUGCUGACGGCCUUCUGCCUUCUGCAUCUGGGGGCCUCAGGGCAGCCCCAUGAGGAGGUGGCAUCCAUCCAGGGAGUGAGGGGUGGCUCCGUGGAGCUGGCCUGUGGCUCCCCACCUGCCCCCCUGGUGGUCUUCUGGAGCUUCACCCCCCUGGGCUCGCUGAUUCCCCGGCCUGUGGCUGUCACCAAUGGAGCAGAGUUCAAGGUGGACGCCGGGGCCUCGGCCCUGGGGACCGUGAGCCUGCAGAACAGCAGCCUGGUGCUGGGGGAGCUGCGGGAGGGUGCCCGCGGCCGCUUCCUGUGCCAGGCCCUGCAUGCGACCGGAGGCUGGCUGCACACCGCCUACUCCCACUUCAGCCUGGCCGUGCUCGUGCCUGUAUCAAAGCCUCAAGUGCGGCUGAGCAAGCCGUCCCCAGUGGAGGGGACAUCUGUGGUGGCCACGUGCGCAGUGCGGGAGGGCACAGAGCCCAUGAGCUUUGCCUGGAAGCAUCAGGCACCCCGAGGCCCCGAGGAGGCCCUGGUGGGGGUCACAGAGCAACAGCUCCAGCUGGACCCUGUCAAUCGGACACACCUGGGCUGGUACGUGUGCAGUGCACACAACGCAGUCAACCAGCUGAGCAGUGACGGAGCCUUCCUGGACGUCAUCUAUGGUCCAGACAGUCCUGUGAUCACCAUGGAGCCACCGGGCUUCACUGAGGGGGGUUUUUGGGCCCCUGAGAAGGAAGAAGUGACUCUGAGCUGCCUGGCUGCAUCCAACCCCCCCAGUCACUAUGUGUGGCUCCGGGACCACGCUCAGGUCCACACCGGGCCCACCUACACCAUCGGCAGCGCCAGCCGCACCCACACAGGCCUGUAUACCUGCCUGGCCCACAACAGCCGCCUGGACACCCGCACACAGACUGCCAUCCAGCUCACCGUCUACUGGGAACCCCUCCGGAGCCCCUCGUGCUGGACCAUGGCCACAGCUGGAGACCAGUUCAUCAUGCUGAGCUGUGAGUGGGCUGGAGGCGAGCCCCCUGCCCUGCUGAGCUGGCUGGAUGGACAGCAGCAGCCUCUGGGCGGCCGCAGCUCCUCGCUGGCCAUCCACCUCCUGCAGGCCCGGGGCGACCUGGCUGGCAGAGAGUUCACCUGCCAGGGCACUCACCCCCUCAGGGCCCCCGAUCCCCACUGCCGGCUUCAGCUGGAAGCCCCACAGCUGGCAGUGACUAAGCUCCAGGUGUCCGUGCUGGAGGGAGAAGAGGCCUGGCUGGGGUGUGCCCUCCUGGGGGGCACACCGCCUGCCCACCUCCUCUGGCUGGGACCCCAGCGACAGCCAUUGGAAGCAGGCACUUCUGGAUUCAUGCUGCACCCCGAGGGCGCCCAGCUCCAUCUUAGCAUCCAAGCUGCAGACCCGGCUCUCCACAGGGGCACCUACCAGUGUGUGGCUCGCAACGCCCUGGGCAACAGCAGUCGCAGCGUCCUGCUGGAGGUGCUGAGGUAUCCAGCUCCUCCCAAUGUCACCAUCAGCCGCCUGACCUAUGGGAGACAGCGGAGAGAGGUGCAGCUUCAAUGGGCCAUUGCAGGCCCAGGGAACCUGACGGGCUUCCUGGUGCAGCGGAGGGCCGGGGCUCAGGGCCCAGGAGCCGGAGCUUGGGAGACAGCAGCCGGUGACAUUGAGCCCGAGAGCAGAACCCGGCGGCUGGGGGGCUUGGACCCGGGGGUGCUCUACGCCUUCCGCAUCCUGGCUCUGAACCACCGCACAGCUGGACAUCCCUCGGAGGGCAGGAUACCAGCGGACCCCCCCUUCAGCGCCUACCCAGCCGUGCUGGGUGCAGCAGGCACAGGAAUGGUGGUGGCAACGGUGGCCUCGUUGCUGGUGUUUCAGUACGCUGCCCGGCACCCCGAGACUUUCCCCUGCACUGAAACACCACCCAUCACCCCGGGUUCGGGUCCUCCUCAGNUUCAUGUCUAUUCUUCAGACACUGAAACACCACCUAUCACCCCGGGUUCGGGUCCUCCUCAGGAAUCCAUGGAUACUCCAGUAAACGUCACCAUCACAGUGACAGCGACACCGUGA